UCAAAUAUAUAACACAGAAAGAGAGAGAGAGAGAGAGGCCAUGGGCGUUCCCUUGCUUCCAGCUGCUGCAAGAAGACUAGAAGGCAAAGUGGCACUAAUCACGGGUGGGGCUAGAGGAAUUGGAGAAUACACUGCAAGACUGUUCUUCAAGCAUGGAGCUAAAGUGGUCAUUGCUGACAUCCAAGACGAUUUAGGUCACUCUCUUUCCAACAAUCUCUGCCCUUCAUCUUCUUCCUUCGUCCACUGCGACGUAACGAGAGAGAACGACGUCGCAAAUGCUGUCGAUACGACCGUCUCCAAGUACGGAAAGCUCGACAUCAUGUUCAACAAUGCAGGUAUUUCUGGAGACCUAAAGUUCAACAUUCUCGAAAACGAAUCAUUAGACUUUCAAAAGGUACUCAAUGUCAACCUUCUCGGAGCCUUUCUCGGCACAAAACACGCGGCACGAGCAAUGAUGCCAGCUCGUCGGGGCAGCAUAAUCAUGACCGCAAGCGGUUGCUCRGUCAUUGGCGGGGCGUGCCCGCAUGCAUACACGAGCUCAAAACAUGGAAUGGUGGGAUUGAUGAAGAAUGCAGCUGUGGAUUUGGGACGAUAUGGGAUUAGGGUGAAUUGUGUAUCGCCCCAUGUAGUGCCCACACAAAUGACUAGGGACUUGUUUAAGCUUGAAGAUGGUGAUGAGUUUCCAAAUCAUUAUUCUCAUUUGAAAUGUGGAGGKAUGUUAAUGGAAGAAGAUAUUGCAGAAGCUGCUUUGUAUUUAGGAAGUGAUGCGUCUAAGUUUGUGAGUGGCCAUAAUUUAAUUGUUGAUGGAGGCUUCACUGUCGUGAACCGAGCUUUUUGCUCAUAUGACCAAUCUGAUAAUUGAACAGGUUUUGAGAAAUAAUUAUUGUGGGUUAAUUUUUAUGGU